AUGAUGUUCCCCAAUGUUAUUGCGCCUUCGGCGAUGUAUCCAAGCCUCCUGCGGCCAGCACCAACUCUGACACUGCCUCAGUCUUUGCAAUCUGCGUUUGGCAGCCAUUCCAGCUUUUUAGUAGAAGAUCUACUAAGGGUCAGCCGGCCUGCCAGCUAUCUCCACCGGACUGUCCAUUCGCCAAGCAUGUCUCCGCCAACCACAGGAGCCACCACGCUAAACACAGCGUCAGCUGAGCACGUCAUCACCUCCACCACCGUGUCACGAGGAACAUGCUCUACACAGACAUCACUCUCCACGAAUAACAAUCCCAAUUACCUGAAGUUUGGAGUUAAUGCCAUACUGGCGCCAUCUACGAGAAACGAGUCCUCCCUUCCUUUGUUUCACAGCAUUCACCCAAAGGCUUUCCCGUUCCCGUAUUUUGACGGAUCAUUCCACCCUUUCAUCAGAUCUUCCUAUUUCCCAGCUUCGUCAGCAGUGGUUCCCAUACCAGGCACAUUCUCCUGGCCGCUCGCAGCCAGAGGAAAGCCGAGAAGAGGGAUGCUUCGCAGGGCUGUGUUUUCUGACGUACAGCGCAAAGCCCUGGAGAAAAUGUUUCAAAAACAAAAAUACAUCAGCAAACCCGACAGGAAGAAACUGGCUGCAAAACUUGGACUUAAAGACUCACAGGUGAAAAUUUGGUUCCAGAACAGAAGAAUGAAGUGGAGAAAUUCCAAAGAAAGAGAGCUGCUUUCUUCCGGCGGGUGCAGGGAACAGACCUUACCCACCAAAAUGAACCCCCACCCUGACCUCAGCGACGUGGGCAAAAAAUCCUCCGGGGAAGAGGAGUCGUUUUGCAGAGACAGUCCCCGAGCUUCAUUCUGCCAGUCCCCCGCGCAGCACAAAGUCAUCGAUGCACAUUUAUUAUCACCUUCACACUCAAGCAAACACUCAGACUUCUCAGAAUCAGAGGACGAAGAAAUAACAGUUUCGUAA